AUGGAAAAGAAGAAGCCAGAUAUUAAAUCUGUAGAUAAUACAAUUGAAUGGAUACAGAAUGUCAAGGAUGAUUUUGCAAAAUUUAAAGCUUCAAUGGCUCAAGAUGAACAAGAAUUAUUAAAUAAACAACGAGAAGAAAAACUAAGACAAGAAUAUAGGGACAAAAUGUUUGAUGAAGAGUUUCACAAAUUGGGCCGACUUUUGAAAGAAAGAGAAGCCGAAGCAUUAAAACUGAGAGAAUAUCAUAAAAUUGAAAAAAUUGACCAAGGGCAAGAAUACGAAGAUGAAAAUGCACAAAAGAUGUUUGAUGAAGAACACGAGGAGGAGGAGGAGGAAGAUGAGGAAGAUGAGGAAGAUGAGGAAGUUGAGGAAGAUGAGGAAGAUGAGGAAGUUGAGGAAGAUGAUGACGUUAUUGAAGUUUUAUCAUCAUCUGAAGAAGAAAAACAACAACAACAAAUUGAAAAACCAAAAUUGGAUUCAAAUUAUUAUAAAAAAUUUUAUAGUCAUCAACGAGAUAUAGAAGAAGAUGAAGAAGAUGAGGAAGAUGAAGAAGAAGAUCUUGAAUUAAGUCAUUUCCAGGAUGAAAGAGAAUUACUAGAGAAUAGAAAUGAAGAGUAUGAAGAUGAAGAGGAAGAAGAAUAUAAUUACAAUCAACCACUACGAGCAGAUCACUAUUCAAAUAAACAACAACAAUUAGGUUCAUAUAAACUAGUUGAUGGAAGGCCAAGAUUAUCUGACUCAUAUAAACAAAAACCAGCCAAUUAUGAGGAGGAAAAUUUUGACCAAGAACCAACCAAUUAUGAAAAAGAAAAUUAUGAUCAAAAUGACGAUUAUUACGAGGAAAACUACGAAGAAGGUGAUUAUUCUGAUGAAUAUAAUGAAAAGAAUCAAAAUGACGAGUAUCCAAAUGAUGAUUAUUACGAAGCAGAUGAAAAUAAACAAUCAGAACAUGACAAUGAUUUAAGUUACGAAAGAAACAAGUAUGAUAAAAAUAGACCUUAUGACAAUGAAGAAGAUUAUCAUGAACGUGAUGAAUAUGAAGAGGAAGCAGAAUACCAAGAAGAUCAUUACAAUGAAAAUGAGGAAUAUUAUGAAGGAGAUGACCAAAAGAACGAAAAUGAGGAGGAUUUUUAUGAAACUAAUUAUUAUACUAAAGUACAAGAUUACAAAUAUGAUCAAUACGAACGUGUAAAUUAUAUUAAACGAUUUAAAAAUAAUGAUCGUCACGAUAAUGAAAAAUAUGAGAAUCAAAACCGAGAAGAAAAUGAUCAAUUUUCUGAUGCUGAAGAUAAUGAAGAACCUUAUGAUACAGAAGCUUAUGAUUAUGACGAUCAACGACAAGAUGAGGAAAUGAGGGAACCAGAAGAAGAAGAAAAUGAAAUUGAUAAUACACAAGAUGAUCCGAUAGUUAUAGAUUCAGCAGAAGAAGAAGAAGAGAAAAUUAAUGAAGCAAAUGAAGAAGAAGAAGAAGAAGAAGAAGAAGAAGAAGAAGAAGAUUCAUCAUCGUCGGGACCAUCAUCAUCAUCAGACGAAGAAAUUGAAGAAGCGGAAGUACAUUCUACAAAUGAUGGUGAUCUUUCAAUAGAAGGCUAUGAAGGAGAAGAAGAAAAUGAUAAUGAUCAAGAAGAUGAUGAUGAAGAAAGUGCAGCUGGUGAUAAUAAUAGCAAAUCUACACUUUAUAAUAAUUUAUUAAAAUUAGCAAAUUCAGCAUUACAUCAAAGACAUCAUCAACAUAAUAAAUUAAAUUUACAACCCAGUCAAUCUGGAUAUAUGGCCGAUUCAGAAUUUGCAGAUACUCAAAAUCAAAAUAAACCACAACCACAAAAUCAAGAAGAAGAAAAUUAUCUGCCACAUGAAUUUGAUCGUAAUUAUACAUUUGAUGAUGAUAAUGAAUUUGAAAAAAUGAAUUCAAGUAAUAAAAAAUUUGCACCUACUCCUCAAGAAUUUUUUGCACAUGAACUAAAUAAUAAAAGAAUACAAAUUAAUGAUUUGGAUGGAAAUAGAUCUGAAGGUUCAUUAGCUGAUGAAAGUCAAUUUGAGUCAAUGAAAUUGAAAAAGAAAUAUAAAUCAUUUAAUGAAGAUGUAGCACCAAGUGAAGAUGUGGAAAUUGAAAUGGAAAAAGAAGAGCAAGAAGAAGAAGAAAUAGAAGAAAAACAAGAUGAGUUUCUUAUUCCUGUUUUUAAAACUGUCAAGGAAGAAGAUCCAGAAAUUGUAUUACAAAAAUUAAAAGAAACUGAAAAGAAAUUUAAUUUAAAACUUGAAGUUGUAAAACAAUUAGAAGAAUCGCUUGGAAAAAUUUUAGAAAUUCCAGAAUCUAAAGAUAAUGACGAUAUGGAAAUAGAUACAACGGAUAAUCAAAAUUUGACAAUUAUAAACCCACCAGAAGUUAAAGAAAUUGAACCUAGAUUGACUAUAGAACAUAUUGAAACACCAGUUUUAGACUCAAUUGAUGAAAGUUCAAAUUUUGAAAGUGAAGGAUCGAGUAUAGAUGAAGAUAUAGAUGAAGAUCAAGAAGAAGACAAUGACGAGAAUAAUAAAAUUGAUGAGCAGAAAAAUGAAAGUGAAGAACUGAUAGAGAUAGAAUCUGUUGAAAACAUGGAAUUACACAAUGAAUAUGACAAUGAUGUUGGCAAAGAAGAAGAAAAUAUCGAAAUGGAGGAAAAUAAUGCAGAAUUUAAAGAACAACAAUUUAAUAAAGACGUAGAAAACAAUGUUAAACCAAUUGAAAAACAAGAUCAAAGUGAUAACGGACAAGAAGAUGGGUUAGACAAUGCUAGUCAAGUAAUUGAAGAUGGAAUUGAUGCAGAACAAAAAUAUAACCAAGAAGAAGAUUUACAAAUUGAAGAAAUUGAAUUAGGUAAUAAAAUGGAGGAAACUUUUAAAUCUAAUGAACAAGUAAGAUCAAUUCAAAAAUUAGGAGAGGUAAAUUUACCAGAAACUUACAAUCAAGAUAAUGAUCAUGCAGAAAGUGCAGGUAUAGAAGAAAUUUCAGAAUAUAAGGAAUCCAAUUUGGACAACAUUGAAUCAACGUAUAGCAUUCCUAUUCCUAUAACUGAUACAAUUAAUGAAUCCACCCUCAAUCAAUCACAUUAUUCAGAUAAUACAUUGGAUAAUGAACAAAUAUUACGUCAAGUGCAAGAAGAAUAUGAUAGAAUGAAUAAUUAUAAAGUUGAAGAUGAGUAUAUUGAACAACCACUGCAUAUUGGAAAUGAGUUCAGACAAGAAAUGAUGAAAGAAACAAUAGUUGAAGAUGUGGAAGUACCGGAAAUUGAAUCAAUAGUGGAAUCAACCGAAGUGGAAUCUGAAGAAGAUGAUGAAAAUGAAAAUAUUGAGCAAGCGAAUCAAGAUGAAAAAGCCAGCACUGAGGAGCAUUUACAAAAUGUAGGAGAUCAAUUAGAUUUUGAAGGUGUUGAUUUUGAAGAAGAUCAAAAGUUUGAUGAACAGAAAGUAGAUGAAAACGAGGAUGAAAGUGAGAAAGAAGAAAGUUCAAAUUCACCAGAACCAAUUGCUGAAGAUAUAUCAGCACCAGAAAUUGAUACAAUAAAUGAAGCUACCGAAAUUGGACAAGAUUCAAAUGAUGAAGAGCUUGAAGAAUUAUUAUUUGUCCAUAGUGAUGAAGAGGAUGAUGAAAUAGAUGAAAAUAAUGAACCAAUAUCGAAUCAUAUUAAAGAAGAUGAGGAUAGUAAUAGUCCUGGUGAAUCAACAAGUCAUUCGGAAGAUUAUGAAAUUCGAACAUUAAGUAGACAGGCUUUAAAUCUCCCAUUAAUUGAAGUUCCCAUAAUUGAAGAUAUACAAGAUACUGAAGUUUCAACAGAUAGUAAAGAAGCAUCAACUGAAUUGAUAAUUGAUGAAGAAAUGGAAGGUAAUGUAAUAGUUGAACAAAGUCAUCAAGAGCAAGAGGAGCCUCAUCUUUUUAUUAAACAUCAAAGUUCAGAACUUGAAGUAACUGAAUCAAAACAAGAAGUAUUUAAUGAACAUUCUGAAAAUUUUCGAAUCAAAACGGAAGAAAAUAAUGAUGACACUAAUGGAGAUACUGAAAUAUUGCAGGACAAUAUUGACAUUGAACCUCCAACUGCAGAAACUGAACAAGCUGAUGAAUCAAAUGACGUUAUAUUCUUAGAAGAAAGAUUAGGUGAUGAUGUUGAAGAAAUAUCUUCUUCUGUAUCAAGUAGACAAAGCUCAGAAUUUGAUCCAACGAUAUAUCAUGAACCAAAGAAGAAAGAUGAAGAACCAAAACCAGAGACUGAAAAUAUAGAACUUGAAGACAUACAAGUUGAAGAUUUACAAGCUGAAAAUACAGAAGAUAAAGAUAUACCAAGUGAAAUUGAUGAAGAUGAGGAUAUACGAAAUAAGACUAAUGAAGACGUAGAUAACAAAUUUGAGAGUGACUUCACCAUAUCACUGCUUAAGCAUAAAUUAGAGGAUACAGUAAGUUCAGCAGCAAAAAGAUUUAAAUCAUCGUUGCCUAGUUUUUCAAUAAAUCUUAAAUCAAACAAAUCACAACCAAUUCAAACUUUACAACCAAGACGUCCAAUGAGAAGAUUUAAAAAAAGAAGAAAAGCUGGAUUAUUGAAAAGUAGACGAAUACUUGAGAAUUCAUUAUUUGGUAACAAUUUUAUUGGUGGUGGAAAUGAAGAUGUUGAAACUGAUAUAGAAUCAGAUCAAGAAUUGCCUAUUGAACAAGAAAAUGAUAUCGAUGUAAAUUCUGAUCAGGUGGAAAAUAACGAAGAUAAGAUAAUUGAAAAGGCUCAAUCAGAAGAAGAUAGUACUACUGAAGAAGAAAUGCAAGUCAAAUCAGAAUCUAAUCAAACAGAUGUUCAAUUUGAAAGAGAACAGAAAUUUCCACAUUCUCGAAGAUUAUAUGGUUUAGAUUUAGAUAAUAUUGAAGAAUUGGACCCCGAUCAUACGUUAAAAUAUGAAUCAACCUAUGGUCCAUCACAAGAACCCGAGGAAAAUGAAGAAGAAAAACCAAUAUUUAAUCCAAAAGUUAGACAAUUUAAAACACCUCAAGGCUCACCAUUAUUAUCCACAUUAGAAGUACCUGAUUUAAGUUCAAGAAAAAAUUCAGUUGCAAAUUCAAGAAAAUCAUCAGCUGGAUCUAUUUCUGGACCAGCUUCAAGAACAAGAUCCAAAUCUCCAAUUAAAGAUUCAAUGAAAAAUAUUUCAAAAGAAUUGGAAAAACAACCAACUAGAAAAUCUGGAAUUCGCGUACCAUCAGCACCUACAAAACCUUAUGAUCAUGAUAAUGAUAGAGGUCGUAAAAGAUCUAGAUAA